AAGCUGAUGUGUUCCCUGUGAACCUGGCCAUGUUCUGAAACCCUUCUCCAGGACCAAUCUCAGAGCUGGGUGCCUUAGCUCAGGGGUUUUCUGGAAGAAAAUCGUCAACCUCUCGUCCUUCGUGAAGUUUUUGAACCAUGGCAAGUCCAAGGACAAGGAAAGUUCUUAAGGAAGUCAGAGCACAAGAUGAGAACAAUGUCUGUUUUGAAUGUGGUGCAUUUAACCCCCAGUGGGUGAGUGUGACCUAUGGAAUUUGGAUCUGUCUUGAAUGCUCAGGAAAACACCGAGGCUUGGGAGUUCACCUCAGUUUCGUACGCUCUGUAACUAUGGACAAAUGGAAGGAUAUUGAGCUGGAGAAAAUGAAGGCUGGAGGUAACAGUAAAUUUCGAGAGUUCUUGGAGUCUCAAGAUGACUACGAUCCCUGCUGGUCAAUGCAAGAGAAAUACAACAGCAAAGCUGCAGCUCUUUUUAGAGAUCAGGUAGCUACUGUAGCUGAAGGCAAGGAGUGGUCCCUUGAAACUUCUCCUGCAAAGAACUGGACCCCGCCACAGCCGAAAAUGUCUUUCUCUUCAGCUCAUCGUAGUUCUGCUGGACAAUCUCAGAAUGCAACUGCCUCAUCUGACAAGGCUUUUGAAGACUGGUUAAAUGAUGAUGUCAACUCCUAUCAAGGUAGCCAAGAGAAUCGCUACGUGGGUUUUGGGAACACAGUAACCCCUCCAAAAAAGGAAGAUGACUUCCUGAAUAAUGCUAUGUCUUCACUGUACUCGGGAUGGAGCAGUUUUACAACUGGAGCUAGCAAGAUUGCCUCAGCUGCUAAAGAGGGUGCUACCAGAUUUGGAUCUCAAGCAAGUCAAAAGUUUUGGGGCUACAAGCAGCAGCCAGAGCCGGCAUCAGAGUUAGGUCAGACAUUAAAUGAAAAUGUUCUCAAACCUGCACAGGAAAAGGUGAAAGAGGGGAAAAUUUUUGAGGAGGUCACCGUGGGGGUAUCACAGUUGGCCAGCAAGGUUCAGGGAGUUCGAAGUAAGGGAUGGCGAGACGUCACCACUUUCUUUUCUGGCAAAACAGAUGAUAAUUGUGAAAGACCAGCUGAGGGAGACAGCUACCAGAACAGUGGAGGGGAGGGCUACCAGAACAAUGCUGUAGAUCAAAGCUUCUGGGAGACCUUUGGCAACUCAGACCCACCAAAAGCUCAUAAAUCUCCGAGCAGUGAGAGCUGGACGUAUGUGGACAAUUCCACAGAGAAGAAGAGCUCCGAUAGCUGGGACGUGUGGGGUUCAGGAACAGUCUCCAACAACAAGAACAGUAACAGCGACAGCUGGGAAAAUUGGGAGACCAACUGGGAAAACACAGGAGGGGAGAGCAAGACUAAAAAGCCUCCUAAGGCAACAAAAAAGGCAUCUUCAGCUGAUGAUGGGUGGGAUAACCAGAACUGGUAGAACUCUGUUAACCCUGUUUUGCACAGCUAGGGAAAGGAGGCUAUGCUGGCUGAUUGAGGGGAGAGAGUUUCACAUACAGUUUGAUUAUCUUGGUUGACCGUGCUGGUCUAUUACUUUUGUGCUUCCUUCCCAUUCAUUCUCCUUUCUUCUAUCCAAGUUUAGGGAAAAAAAAUAGUGUCUGAAUCCUGUUACUAUGUAAAGAUGGCUCUCCCAUUUUUAAGGAUAACGAUAAAUAUAAUCUCCUUGCACUAUUGAAGCUGGGUACAGUAACUUUCUUAACAGGGAGGUUCACAGGAAAAAAAAGUGCAAGCACAUUUUCAUGGCACAACCUUGCAUGUGUAGUUUUAUAGGUCUUCAUCCAGUCUUCAUAUAAUUUGAGAUGACCUGAAGUGUUUAAUACAAACAAAGGAGAGGGUAUAUCUUAAAAAGAGAGCCAUUAAAUAAGCAAAUUGCAGUUGCACAGUUCUAGUUCAAUGCCUUAUGGAUUGCUGGGACCACAUUACAUCUGGCAAUUCAAAAUGGUAUUUAAGAUACUUUUUAUUGGAGAUAUGUUUUUAAACUUUAUGAGGUGUGAAGACUUUUAAAACUUUUCUCUCCUUAGAAGUAAUAAAGAAUCUAGAGCCAGAUAAUGACUUGUAAUAACAGUGUGAGCUGCCAAAAGAGAUUUAGGAUGGCUCUACUUGCCCUUCUUACUCAUUUGGUUAAGAGUUUACACAGUGCAGCUUUCCUCCACAUGUAAUGUAAAGCUGUGAAACUCUCCUUCUUUUUCUGUACUCCUCCCCCAAUUUGAGUAUUAGUAGAGUCUGUCUUUUCUGUCUGAUUUUCUUCCUUCUACCCUUCUAUUUCAUCUGUCCUGAUAAGUUACAUCUUUCUUUUCUGCUGCUUAUGGCCUUUUGGACGUUUACUUGGCAGCUUGGCAGUGUAGCAAACUUGUUAAAAAAUACAGUUAGAAAAAAUAGGUGGAAAAUAUGAGAACAUCGGGGAGAGAGGCUGGCAGCAAGCCCCUUUCCAGAUGAGUAGAUGUCUGGAUUUAAUAGUCAAACUUAAAUUAAGUAGAUGUUUUCAAAAUUAAUCAUUAAUUUGUCAAACUGUAUCUCUCUUUCUAUUAUGUCUUUCUCCAGAUUUUCUUCCUGGACCUUGUUAAAGGAAACACUAUUUUGGAAACUUUAGAAAGUUCUUGUCAGCAUUAAGGAAUGGAAUAGGAGAUUGUUAUGUCACGGUUUUGACCCAACAAACUGGUUUGCAUGACACACACACCAUAACUUUUGUGGAAAAAUUGGGACUCCUGCCUUUAACAGCAAAGGCUUCUUAUGUAUGCCUACUAGUUCUGUUUUGGGGGGUGGGAUAAAUAGCUGAAAAUAAUCAGCUCAUUUGAAAACUGUAAAUCAUGAUGUCUUUGUGUGGUCUGCUUUGGUACCAAUAUGGAGUUCUUUUCUGUGCAUCCUGUAAAUCUUAAAACAUGUCCAAAAAACCUUUUACUUAAAUGAGUUAAUUGUUCAAGCAAGUGAUCAACCUCGGUUGUCCAAGUUAUCUCAAGUAAUGCUUUAUUUCUUUUCCCUUCACAGAGGUUUUCAAGUUUAUACUAAUAGUCAAAAGUCAAGAGGCCAUAUAAUUGUAUUCAGCAGCAAAGACAGAAAGGGAAUGGUGAGGGAAAUUGAAUUACAUAGUUUUUAAAGUAACAGUUUUUAAAGAUUUACAGUCUGAGUAAGAGCAUCUCUGUUUAUAUCCCUGAAUUCUGAUCUUGCAGAACCCCUGCUGUCUUUCUAUUCAUAUGAUCUUUUAGAUGGUCAAAAAAAUAAUUUUCUAGCUUUCUCUAGCCUUCUCCUACAAAAGUUGGGAUUUUUUUUUCUUUUUGCUUCUCCUGAUAAAAGCGUUUCUGAAUCUAGUGCAGUUGCAGGAGCCAGUACUGCUCAUGACCCAAGCACCAGUGUAGGCUGAGCCAUGCCAGUUGUGUGAAGCGUCCUUGCUGACACGAUGAGCCUGUGGAAGUGACAAAGGCAGGAGAGAUCUUAAUUUUCAAUGCUGCUUGUGGUACUGUUGGAAAACAAGGUUUACAGCCUGACUAUAAAACAAGGAUUUUGUUCUAUGUUUUCUUCUGUUCUAUGUUUUCUUCUGUUCCAGAUAUACCUUUGUCAUAGCUUAAUUGCGUGUCAUACAUGUAACUUUGUAUUUUUAUGCAUACACUUCUGUUGCCUUAUUCUUGUCAUUUGUCUGCUGCCCAGUACAAAACUGUAAGGCAUGUACCCUGAAGGCCAUGGUGUGUAAUUUAUAUGAAUCGGCACUGCCAAAUCCUUGACUGACAGUUAAUCUUUGAAGUGUUGCAGUAAUGGUGGCGGUGUAAUGCAUCUGACCGGUUGCAUUAUCUGACUGCUGAUGUCUGUCUGAGGUGAUGUGAAGCUGAUUCAGCUUCCUGUGUACAAAUUUAUUACGGUUUCUCUUUCAUAAACCUCCUGCAAUAGUUUGUAGGAGGAUAAGCUUUAUUUCAAUCCAUUCAGUCAAUAAUACUGUGAUGUGUAUGUGUACAUUCUCCUCAGCUGUGUGUUUAGCCUAGGAGAAAACUGAUUUACUUGUACAUCACUUGGAGCUGCAACUGGCAUUAGCCAUUUGUUUGUCGGAUGGGUGCUUGUUUUCCCCUUGUUUGUUUUAGGAUUUUUGUUUGUUCGUUUGUUUUUUGAGACUUCAGGUUCUGAAUUAAACAGCCAGAGUCCUACUAAGGCAAAUGUUUUGGAAUAUUGUUUUUUUUUUUCCAGUUAAGUAGACAGUGACAGAAAAGUUGCCUUCUUUAGGUACUGCUGUUGAGAUGCAAGGAUACAACUCCCAGAAAGGUGUUAGUGGAAGAUACUGAAAAACAAUGUAACUCAAGAGCUGGCAGAAACUAAAGCUGCAGUGACAAAGCUAAUGUGUCUCAGUUUGACAGGUGAAUCAACAUUUUUGACUUGUCUGAAUCUGAAUGAUUUACCAAGUCUUCCAGAGGAGAUGAUGAAAUGAGGGCGUUUUCUGUUGCAAAGCCUCCGUUUAUUUGAUUUUACUCUUUCAAAGAGUAGAUGACUAGGAUGUUAGGACGUGUCUGCUUUGGAAAGCAGUUUGGUAGGAUGUGUACAAUCAGGCUGGAUGUGUGGAGGGAGCGUUUGGGAGUCAGUUUUCAUUAUGUACUGGAUUUUCUUACCCCUUGCUUUUUUUUUUUUUUUCCCCUCCUGUCUCCUCAAUCAUGAGCUCUGUAAACAAAGGCACUGAUUAUAGCUUGGCAGAGCUGAAGCUGCCUCCCUAAAGGUGUGGCUUAUUGAUGAGUUUAAUUCAGCAUCUAGGCAGGCAAGGCUCUAGUAUUCCUGUACUUCAGUCCUGCACCUUUUAGUAAUGCUUUUAAAAGUCAUACAAGCAGAUUGCUUGGAGUGAGGGCUGCAGGUGAAAUAACACCUGGGCAAUUGCAACAUUUGGGCAUUGCAACAUUUUUCAAAUUUCCUAGUGUUUCAAACUUUGUUUUAUUCCUUUGUAUGGCUUCAACUUUGGAAGACACAGAGCAGCUGGAUUCCUGCCAAUAGUCUGAAAUCAGAGAAACUUCAAGACAUUCAAAUUGAGUGCCACUUGCAAAGGAGAAGAAGUCUUGGUGAGUGUUCCCAAGGCAGGAACUGAAUCUAAUUCUAGGAGUUAGGGAUUAUUUUAAAAUGUUUCAUUUUUGUCUUGAAGCCUGUUAAUAACUAUUGCAUUUCAAGAAGUGCUUGUCCAACUCUUCCUUAUGGUUGAGGUUUCAAGGAUAAUGCUGCUGCUUUUAUUUUUCACUCCGAACUGUGUAACAUUCCAUGGGUUCAUAAUGUAUUUAUCAGUGUAAUAAUCUGUGCAAUAAUUUAACAAGUGUAGGUAAAACUUUUGUUGUUUAGUCCAGGAUACAUUUAAAGAUACAGUGGUCCUCUUUGAGAGUAGCAGUCAACCAAGGUAUUUCCGUUUUCACCUUGCUUUGGUGACAUUAAAUUCCACUAACUCUGUCAAGGAGGGCUUGAACAAUUGGUUAUUUAAACAGAAAUCAAGAAACACUGUAACGCCCAUUAUUAGAGUUUUAUUGUAAUGGCUUAGAACGACCUCUUGAAGCCUCUUCUGCUUUUCCUGCCAACAGAAAUUUGGUCAGUGUGGAAUACUGUAUCUUUAAUUUUCCUGAUGUGUUUUAUGUGAAUUUCACAGGAAUGGCAAUUCCAGUGAAUGCUAUUCAUUGUUUUGUAGAGUGGUACUAGACUUGAAUUGCAGUGUCAUCUUUUGAAAGAACAUUAUAAUAAAGCAAAGAGAUAUGGAGCGGAAUGGUGUUUAGCCCUUUUUCAGGAGGCUUCAGUUAAUUUUAAAGGCCCUAGGAAAAAUCAUCGAUUUGCAUCAGUCUGACUUGUCUAGAGUGUGACAAAGGCUGACUUAUGCGGCCUUUUGGUUGGAGGGGUGGCUAGAAUUGGCUCCGUUGGUUCCAUGGAAUUGGUCUCUCUAAGCAAUGAAGUAGCUUAAUUCUCAGUAUAGUUGGAUCAUAGAAUAAAGUCAAAUGGGAUGCUUCCUAAUUAAGAAAAUAGGAAAGUAUCGCUACAGUAUCAGCAUGAAAAUGUCUUGUUGGAGGAAAGUAACUGACAUAUUGAUC